AUGCUCAGCUCGCGAUAUGAUCUCGUUGUCAGCUGCCGACGUGGGGAGGUGCUGACAUCACUAUCACCUACUGUUCUUGGGUUGGGAGCCGGUUGGACAGAUCACCGAGCUGACGGUGCGCCUCGAGAGCUGCCUUGCGUUAUCAUCGGCCGCGCUCUCCUGUGGUGUGGUGGCCGUGGUGGCCGUGGCGUUGCAAUUGUGAGGGGGUUGGCCAGCAGCAUCGUGGCUACAGUUGCACGGCAGCACGCUGUGCACGCGCCUGAUACCCCUCAUGUUUUCGGCCACUCCUUCUUGGAUGUGAACUAUCCGAAUUCCACCCGAGUAGCAACGUUUAACGCGUGUUCCUUCGUUGAUGAAGUGGAGGAUCACGGGGCAGAAGUUCGCACCACUACGCUGCUGCACCCACAAGUGUCUUGGAGGACUAUGGCUGAGGAACGGUUGACCGCAUUAACGCAUUGCGCGGGCAAUCCCUGCAGAUCCGGGCCCCAAUCCAGACCAGAUCUAGGCUACGCCGUAGCGCGCGAUUGGUGCUGGUGCAUCGAUGUUGGGGCAGAUGUUGCCAUCGAUGUGUUUGCUGGCAGUGCAUCACGAGCUUAUGUCUCAGACAGCCCCAGUGACAGACAGAUGGGUUGGGAAACCCAGCGGGAUCGGCACGCGAACAUGGCGUGGGAGGCGGUCCAACCCGACCCUGUGUUGCGCAUGCGGACGUCCUCGUUUUUACAGCAAAAGUUGGCCCCGUACUUGGCGACUUUCAAUGGCGAGCUUCUACGAUUCUACGGCGUGGGAGCAAGUGGCUGGUGGUCUUCUGGCGAGAUGGCUGGAGUCCAUUACCCUGCUCCGAAAGUACAACUCGUUGCAUCCUUGCCCGUUACGGCCUCGUUGAGCUUGGCCGCUCGCACGGGGCAGCAAGCCCGUCCCGUCCCAAACGGAGCGCCUGGGUUGGGUAUUCCUACAUAUCAAUUGCAGGUCGCGGGCAGGACGCACGCACACCCUCGCACCUGCAGCGUGGUGUUGCAAUCCUGGAAUCGAGACAAUUCGAGGGGAGCAACCGCCCGCAGACGCUGUGCAUCUCCCAGCAUGUGUCCCAGCAUGUGGCUUGCCGCUGUGAUCCAGUUGGGCGUGACAUGAGCGCUUGGAAGGCGGCGAUUCGCCGUGUGUCCACAGCAGUGGAUGGCCAGGAAGAUUUAUCGCGGGCAGAUGAUGGAGCGUAGUAGUGGAGGAGGUGGAGGCGGCCGAUGGGUUGAAUGAUGGUGCAGAUGAUGCAGCGCCGAGCCACGCAAGGUCACGGUCGAGGCACAUCAUAAAUACGGCCGACGAAGAGGAGGGUUGCAUUUAAG